AUGAGCUCAGAGAAGAAACAGCUGAUCAUCAAUGCAUUUGCAAUGCAAUCACCCUCCCACCUGAAUCCAGGGCUCUUCCGGAAUCCUGGCGACAAGGGUGCCGAGUACAAAAACCUGAAAACCUGGAUCGCUCUGGCCCAGAAACUAGAAGCCGCCAAAUUCCACGCGAUCUUCUUCGCCGAUGUUCUGGGCGGUUACGACGUCUACAAGGGCCCAUCGAAUCUAGACCCGACCAUUCCAGCCGGCGCUCAAUUCCCUAUCAAUGACCCCCUCUAUAGCAUUCCCGCCAUGGCGGCGGCGACCGAGAGCAUCGGCUUCGGCGUCACAGCUUCCACGACCUACGAUGCCCCCUAUGCCCUCGCCCGCCGCUUCUCAACUGUCGACCAUCUGAGCAAUGGCCGGGUGGGCUGGAACAUUGUCACCUCCUACCUUGAUUCCGCGGCCCGGAAUUUCGGCCUCGACACCCAGAUCGAGCACGACGAGCGCUACCGCAUCGCGGACGAGUAUCUAGAUGUGACGUAUAAGCUCUGGGAAGCCUCAUGGAGAGACGACGCCGUCACCUGGAGACAGGAAGACGCGGGCCCAGACGGCGCGAAAGAAGGACAGACGUAUGCGAACCCACGCGCCGUGCGCCAGAUCAACCACAAGGGCAAGUACUUCCAGGUCCCGGGGCCGCAUCUCUGCGAGCCGAGUCCGCAGCGCACGCCGUUCAUCUUGCAGGCGGGCACGUCAGCGGCCGGAAAGGCGUUUGCGGCAAGGCAUGCGGAGGCUGUCUUUCUGCAUGCUCAGAAACCGGAGUUGGUGCGGCCGUCGGUGGACAGCAUCCGGCAGCAGGCGAAGGGGUUCGGGCGGAACCCCCAGGAUAUCAAGAUUGUGGCCGGGGCGCUGGUGAUCGUCGCGGAGACCGACGAAGAGGCGCAUGCUAAGUUCAAUCAUCUGAAGAAGUACGGAGACCGGGAGGGCGCGCUGGCGCUUUUCGGAGGAUGGACGGGCUACGAUCUGUCCAAGUACACCGACGACCAGGACUUCCGGUUCGUGGAGCUCCCGGCCGUGCGGAGCAUGGUGAAUCAUUGGGCAGACACGGUGCCGGGCACCGAGGGCCAGAAGUGGGACAAGAAGACCAUCGCAGACUACCUGACUCUCGGCGGCAAUGGGGUCAAGAUCAUCGGCAGUGUCCAGACAGUAGCGGACGAACUGGAGCGCUGGGUCACGGUUGGCGAUGUAGAUGGGUUUAACUGA